AGAAGCUUCUAUUUAUAAUGGAUUGCAGCAAUGGCUCGAGUGUGAGGCGGGAAUCAUAUGACCUGCGCUCAUUCCUGUAGUAUCGCCGUGUCGCGCGCGCUGGGAAGCGCAUUUCUCUCCGCCCGGCUCUCGCGUUCGAGGAGCUCAGCUUUAACAUGCACCAGACUGCAGUUCACCACUGAAAAACUGACGGAUAUUCAUUUAAACAGCGCGUUUAUUCUUCUGUUUACAAGAAUAUACGUGGUUUCGUGAGACGAUGCCGGAAGAGAAAGCGUUUCACCAGCAGGCUGUCCACAGUCCCCUGGAGCAGCAGAAGGGCCAGCGGCAGAGUGGCCCGGUCCCCUGUCAAAACUGUGGCAAACCCUGCAAAGGAGAGGUGCUCCGGGUGCAGAACAAACACUUCCACAUCAAGUGCUUUGUUUGCAAAGUUUGUGAAUGUGACUUGGCUCAAGGAGGGUUUUUUGUGCGUCAAGGCGAGUAUAUCUGCACUGUGGAUUACCAGCGACUCUAUGGCACCCGCUGCUUCAGCUGUGAGGAGUUCAUUGAAGGAGAGGUUGUGUCUGCCCUGGGCAAGACUUACCAUCCACGCUGCUUUGUUUGUGCCACCUGCAAGCAGCCGUUUCCAGCUGGCGACCGCGUGACGUUUAAUGGGAAGGAGUGCAUUUGUGAGAAAUGUACUCAGCCUGUGCCAGUCAACAGCACGGCUCCCUCACAGGCUGUGCACAAUUGCUGUGGAUGUGGAAAGGAGUUUAAAAGUGAGCAGUCUCUGGUGGCGCUGGACAAGCACUGGCACCUUGGCUGCUUCAAGUGCAAAGUGUGCAAUAAAGUGCUUAAUGCCGAAUAUAUCAGCAAGGAUGGGAUCCCCUACUGUGAGGCAGAUUACCACGCCAUGUUCGGCAUCCAGUGUGAAACCUGCAAGAAAUACAUCACCGGAAAAGUACUUGAGGCUGGAGAAAAACACUACCAUCCCACAUGUGCCAGAUGUGCUCGCUGUGACCAGAUGUUUGGGGAAGGGGAAGAGAUGUACCUGCAAGUAGGUUCUUCCAUCUGGCAUCCUCCUUGCAGACAGGCAGCGCGUAUGGAGGAGAAGAGCAAGGUGACACGAACCUCCUCUGAGAGCAUCACUUCUGCUCCAGCCUCCAGCGCCUCAGGCUCCCCUAGCAGAGUUAUCUAUGCAAAACUGGGUGAUGAACUUCUGGAUUAUAAGGAUCUGGCUGCUCUUCCUAAAAUCAAAGCCAUCUACAACAUUGACAGGCCUGACAUGCUUUCAUACUCGCCCUAUGUGAGCUAUCCUGUGGAGGACAGGACUUUUGGAGAGUCACCCCAGCAACUCACGCCUACUCCAACUGAGGGAGAUGGGGAAAAGUCUCCCCGUCAGAGGAGGCCCUCGAGCCCCAGCUCCAACAGCUCUUUAGGAGGCUAUGGUCGCUAUACGCCUUCCCGCUCACCACAGACCUACAGCAGACCAGACCAGUAUCUGAGCAUCAAAUACACCACCCAGCCAGAAAAUUCCCACUUGCUCUCUGUACCAACCUCGGGGAGGAGUAGUGCCCAUGGUAGUGCCAGAGGCUCCUCCCCGCUGCCUCUGUACAACAGCAGUGGUAGAAACACACCCCAGGCAGCCCUGCCCCUCAACCCCACUACUCUGGCUUUACUCCAGCAGCACAACUACAUCCCUUACUUCAGAGGUAGUGAAAGUGGGCGCAGUACCCCCAGUCUCUCCACCUACUCUGAUGGCAAAUCUCCAUCGUCUACAUAUGUGGCAGCCCCACGGCAUUUCCAUAUCCCAGAGACUAAAGUCAAAGAUAAUAUCUAUAGAAAGCCCCCUAUCUACAAACAGCAUGCUUCCAGAACCUCCUGGCAAGAUGGUGAUGAUGUAGACAGAAAGACCAGGACCAGUUGGAUGAACCUGAAGACUGAGAUUGAUGGACAGUCUCCAGAGCUAGACCCCAGGACCUCCACACACAGCCUGCCCACUGAUAUGUCUCAACCCAACUUUCCAUAUAAUAAGUCUGCUUCCCUGCCAGGAUAUGGGCGGAACGGCAUAUACAAGGCAGCUGAUCUUGGUGAGGAUGAGGCAGACCAUGAUUCAUCCUGGAGUGGAAUGAGAGAGUACAAGGUGUACCCAUAUGACAUGCUAGCUGUGUCCCACAGAGUCCGAGUAAAACUACCACGUGAUGUGGACCGCACCAGACUGGAGAGGCACCUGUCACCAGAGGACUUCUACAAUGUGUUUAGGAUGACCAUUGAACAGUUUGACCGUUUGGCCUUGUGGAAAAAAAAUGAACUGAAGAAGAAAGCCCGCCUGUUUUAAACCACGCUGAAUCGCUCGAAGGAAAGCAAAGAUAAAGAGAAAACCUCUUCUCAUCCGUCCUGUGCGCACUGAGGGAUGAGUGUGAGAGAAAUAUAUAUGCACCUCCGUUCUGCUGCAUAGCUACUGCCAUCCCAUCUCACGCUGAGGAAGAGGAAGUGCUUUCACAACGCUGUUCGCCACCAAGCUUCAUGUGUGAACGCCACAUCACAUGGUCUGAAUGUUAAUCCGAAACUGGAGUCGGAACUCAAUUCUCCACGACUCUCUUUGAUUGUGUUCGAUUUCGCUCCCUCGGCUGUCUUUGUGAUUACUGCGUUGUAUUCUCUCUUUGUGGAAAAAGCACUCAAUAUUGAUAUAAGCCUCUUUCUUUACAUUUUAUACAGUUGAUAAAACAUGGCCAAGCAGCUCUACUUGUAAAUCUUUAUGCUGUGUAAUAACAUCCAAUGUUCCCACUCCCCUUGUCUUUUGCUAUGAUUGUCGUCCAAUGUCCUUGUCCUUGUCUACUCAUAUAGAGUGCAUUAUUCUGCCUCCCUACCACAUCAGCAGAUCUGGUUCCAGAAGUAUUUUUACCAUUCAAUUUUCCGAUAGGGAUUAAAAAAAUGUCAUUAUCAAUAAUUAAAUGCUAUGUGAAAAAUCAAAAGUUUGAUUUGAAACAUAAGAGAAAAAAUCCAUCAAAAGAAAAAGUUUACAAAGAACUACAAUCUCAUGAAGCAUUGCAGAUGACACAGUUGAAAUCAGUGGAAAUAUAAAACUCUUCAUUUAAAGUUGUUGGUUGUAUAUUUAUACCCCAACGUCAAGUUAAUUACUGGUAUGCAAAAUUUUCAGGUAUUUUGAUUGUUCACAGCUGGUCCUGCAUCAGUUCACGAUUGAUUUACCAAUCAAAUGAUUCCUAACUCACUAUAAAUAGCCAGGGUUUUCUUUUCUCAGUAUCUUCAUCUUGAAGAUGCUGAGUCCAAAAACACGCAACCUAAGUAAAUUGAACAUACCAAAUUAUACCAUAGCCAAGCUCUUAGCAAGUGUACUUCACUCCUUAGACAUACUGUAUUUGUCAUUAGUCAGAAAUAAGACAGGGAGAGUUCAUCGAGAUCUACCUGAGCUUAAACUCCCCUCUCGCCCUGCAAAUGGAGGGAGCCCAGGGCUCGAGAAUCUCAUAAGCUCAAUCAACUAAGUGUGAACUAUUGAAUGCAAUUUAGUUCUAGGUUUUUCGUCCGGUGAAAACCAAACUAGUGCAGAAACAUUUUCUGGAGUCUUAAAAUUAAAAGUUAAAAAUCAUUAUUUUUUUUAACUUACUGUUGAUAGGGGGCGCUAAAAUGUUUAAGCCACUAUUGCUAAAAUAAUUUUAACUCUUGAACAGAAUUAUAAACUGUACCUUUACUAAAGUCUAAAUAUGCUUGUGAAAACUCCAUUUGUGGUCACAGUAAACAAUUGCAUUUGGCCAGGCGGUGGCACUAUAACCUGAAAACACACAAACACAAAAGAGCUGAAAAACCAUGGUCUCAAUGAACUAUUUGUUCUAUUGGCUUCCCUUCAGAUCAGAUACGUGAGCCUGUGCAAUGAUAUUUUGGAUUUCGCUUCUUAGCAAAAUUCAAGUUUAGUGAACUCUAAAGGCGUAUCUAUUCACACACUUGCAACUUCGCCAAAUUAAAAAUGCAAGUUCAUGCCAGAAAUUUAACAUGUCCUUGCGUUGAAAAGUUCAAGUUUGGUGAACUCUGACCUGCAAAUUACUAUCAUGUGAUUGCAUGAGACCCACAAAAGUUCAAAACUUGACCUCUCUACAGAAUAUAUAAAACAUGGAGGAAUUGCUGGUAUUAGCGUAGUCGUAUCAUCUUGUUUUACCACGCCCAUUUUCGUAGCAUUGUCCAAAUGCAUUUUUCUUAAUCAAAGACUUGAGUGACUGCCACUUAAUUUGCUAAUUCAAGUCACAUGAAUUUGUGAGACUAAUAGAAGAACAGAACAUGACCUCUCUGUACAGAAGUUUAAAACGUGGAGGAAUCGCUUUUUUAGCAGUGCCGCAUCAUCUUGUUUUAUCCUGCCCAUUUUCGCAAAACAGCCUCUCAGUGUGACAGUAUCUAUAGAUGUACUUAGGAAAAGAAUGUAAUCUCAUGAAGCAUUGCAAAUGACACAAUUAUAUGUAAAACAACAGAGGAAUAUAAAAACUUUUAUUUAAAGUUGUUAGUUAUAUCCAUACCAAUAUUUAAUUAUCUGGAUCAGGGGUUCUCAAACUUGGUCCUGGAGGGCCAGUGUCUUGUAGAUUUUAGCUCCAACUUGCCUCAACACACCUGCCUGGAUACUUCUAGUAUGCAUGGAGUUUGAUUAGCUGGUUCAGGAGUAUAUAAUUGGGGUUGAAGCUAAAACCUGCUGGUCACCGGCCCUCCAGGACCGUUUGGGCACCCCUGAUCUAGAGUGUGUAAACUGAUUUGUUAUUUGAGGUGGUUCAUGGAUUGGAUGAUCUCUGGUAGCUCUUUGCUCGCUUUAACUGUCCGAUUGGUACAAUUUCUGUAAAGCAUUAUGGGAAAUGCUGGACAGAUCGUCAGAAAAAGCAUAUACAAUUGGUUAACAACACUGGAGCUCACAGCAGGUCUGCCUUUAAAGGUUUUCCCUAUAGAAAAAAUGAAUGAGUUUUUACUUCUGGAUCCUAACUGCUUUAUUGUUUGCUCAGUGUGUUUCUCUCGCUCUUUUAACCUGCCUGUUCCUCUUUAUACCUCCUAAACAUGAUACUCAGCCACUGCUUGGACUGUAAAAUCUAUCAUGUAUUAUCAGCUUUAUGGAAGCUUUGUCGUUCAUGGCUUUAGCAUGACCAGGCCAAAGACUCGUUCAGAGCAAGAAGUCAACAAAGCACCUUACAUGUGACCUAACCAGACGUGGCGCAAUAAAACGACAAACUUUUUUUAAAUGUCCUUUCCAGCCUCAAUAGUGACAAACAAAGAGCAACAGAACUCUUGUUUGAUCGAUUGGUUUCUAGUUUCAUGACAUCUCACUGUUUUGCCCUGCCCACUGUGAAAUCUCACUGGUUCCUUGAAACAUCAUUAAAGGGACGCUUAACAUAAAAA